CACGCGGAAUGCCAAGUGCAGGGAUUCUGCGCUCCUUUACAUUUGGCCGCUCUUCUGUUUGCGUGACGGUUGAACAAAGGUAUAUAACGUUUAUUUGGAUACACCAUUUAUAACUCAACAACGGCUAGACUUUAAUGAUUUUUGAUUUGGUUUAGUAAUAAUAAUAAUAAUAAAAUCAUUUAUUCAGCCAAAAAACAUAAAAUAAUUAUGAGAAAACAUGAGACUUAAUACUAACUUAAUAUUAAGGCUUCGGCUGAAUGGGGCGCUGCCUCAGCUCUAUGCUACAGCUAAAUAACGUAGCGCUGAUUUUCAGGCAUGACCCUAGGAUGAGCUCAUCUCAUCUCUGAUCUGUUUCUCUCUGAAUACCAGAAUGGUUUGAAUGUCUAUAAAGUAGAUAUAAACUUUUAGGAUACUUAUAUAAUCGACACCAAUGUAACUCGUCUAGUAACCGAAAGGGGUGUGGAUAUUUAUCCUCCUCCUAACAAGUUGGCCCGCUUCCAUCUUAGAUUGCAUCAUCACUUACUCGUACCAUCAGGUGAGAUUGUAGUGUUAACUUGGAAAAAGUAAUAAAAAUGUAUCUUGGUGUGCCUGAAAUUCCAAAUAUGAGCCACUACAUGAAAUAGCACUGAUAUAUCGUGUUUGUGAUCAUCUUACGAUACAUCUAUAAUUUCAACGACGAAGGAAGUAUAUUCUUUCAGUCCAAUAAGUUUCCUUUCAGUUCAAGUAAAAAAAAUAACCCAUAAGAUUUAUUUGUCAACCAUAAGUCAGUCUCUUGACAACGUUAUAGAAAGUAUAACCCGUGCGCAUUUACAGGACACCUGGCUACCAAACACAAACACAACACAGACAUCAUUCGAGCCAGCCAGGUCCAGGUCAAGUUAAUCUGCACGAGCUGUAACUAUUGAUGUCAUAACAAGUUAUAAACAUUUUCAAUCUCAAAAUUCCUACUCAUAAUUACGAGUAAAUAACAUGGCGUUAAAGCCAACCACCUGUAAAGAGGCUAUAGCGCGAUGGGAAAAGGAUAAGGGGGAGGCAGCCGCUGAUGCCAAGGUGGUGGAACUGCAGUUCCAGUGGCCACCCAUCGAGAAGAUGGACGGUGCGCUCUCUACCCUUGUUAGUUGCGAGAAACUAAGCCUAUCCUCAAACAUGAUCGACAAAAUAGUUGGUAUCGCUGGUAUGAGGAAUCUGAAGAUUUUGUCGCUGGGAAGAAAUAACAUUAAAAGUUUUGCUGGCAUUGAAACUGUAUCAGAAACACUGGAAGAAUUAUGGAUCAGCUACAACAAUAUUGAUAAGAUGAAAGGUAUAGGAGCAAUGAAGAACUUGCGCGUGCUAUACAUGUCCAAUAACAUGAUCAAGGAAUGGGUCGAGUUUAACAGACUUCAGGAUUGUCCAGCGCUGAGAGAUCUGGUUUUCAUUGGAAAUCCAAUCUGUGAAAACCAGCCUGAUGUCGAAACAUGGCGUAACCAGGCAUCGAACCGCAUUCAGCAAAUCACGAAACUAGAUGGAAUUCCUAUUGUUAGAGACACGGAAUAGGUAUUAAUAAAUAAUAAUUAUAUUGUGUAGAAAGAAAAGAACCCAAAUAAAUACGUAAAUCACAGAUAUUUUUUUAUUGUAGGUAAUCGUAUUGCAAUUCAAAAAAUAUCAAUCAACUUUUGAACUUUGUUUUUUUUUGCGGUCAUGUGUAGAGAACUCUUCCGGCCUUUUGCAAUAUUUUUAAGCUGUGUGUAUGUUAACCUCGUCCACUCUUUGACAUCACUUUCUUCGCUGUCUUCCUAGGAAACCCAUAGAGGGAUCCCCUUUGCAGAUGCCCGAAAAAUGCGAUUUUCCUCCUCAUAAUGAUUGUCACGAGGCUUCGGUCACAAUUGGCUCAUUUUAAAAACUUGAACAUUCGAGAAAUUCAGGAAAUUUUGAAUAUUUUCCUUAGCCCCACAUCUCAAAAGCUUGCGACCGUCGACGACACUCUUUUUUCAGGACCCAUGUCUCGCACCCAUAUAAAAUGGUGGUUGGUCCAAACAAAACAUACUUUACAAUUACAUUUUAAUAAUGAUAACAAAUUAUUGUGAACAUUUUCACAUGUAGGUAAUAAGUCAAUUAUAGAACAAUUGUAGAUAAAGUAUCACCGUCUCAUGGAAUUUAUGAUAUGAAGAGAGCUGUGAUUGCGUGACCGUUUCAACUGCGAUAGAGAAACACUUAUAUUAGGAUGGAUGUGGAAUGACAAUAGUACAUAGUACAAGAGACGGUUGAAAGAGUUCUUAAGGGAACCAACAAUUCUAGCGACCUCUCUGGCGCAGUCUGAAUUGAAUACAACAAAAAAUAUUUAUAUAAUACUAGCGGACGCCCGCGACUUCAUCCGCGUGAAACUCGAUG